AAAGCCAAUGGAUUGGAGCGCAUGGAACGCAACGGGCGAGUGGCCACUGGCGGCGGCGGCAAUGGCCAACAGUGAGUCGGACGCGGGUAGUAACCAAUUGGUGGACGUACCGCCCGUGUACUACUCGCACGCAAUGGGCCAACCGGCUCAGUGUCCUUACUCUCACGGCUGUGCGCCGUACGCCGUGUCGCCGAACCCGGUCUCGUGGAACGGUGUCCUCAAACUGGUUCUCUAUUCACUCGUAUCAACGUUGGGCUCAAUGGGCGGCAUAUUUGUGAUAUCGGCCAUCACUGUUAUCGACACAUUUCAGGUGCGCGGCAACAGCUAUCUCGUUUGUCUGGCCUUUGGCCACCUGUUGGUCACAAUACUGGUGGUGCCGGCAUCGGCCGUCGCCAUAAUGGCCGGCGUUCCCGACGACGUCAAUAUCUGUCAUUUCCAGUGGUUAACAACACUGGCCUGUCUUAUAGUGUCCGUCCUGUCCUUUAUGUUCAUGUCUAUCGACAAUUACUACGGUUUCGGUUCACUGGUCACCUAUGAUCUCUGUUGUACUAAAUGUCGUAUAGUUUUCAUUAUAUUAAUAAUCUGGUUUCUGGCCAUUGUAUUCCCCGUUGUCCAACACGUCUACAAUUUUGGUCCCAAUUUUUGUGAUUCACCGGAAAAACGGUCACUAAAAGUAUUUCUAGACUUUCAUCCGUAUGUUUUGGGCGCCAUCAUAUUGUUUACACUGAUAACCAUUUGGUAUUUUACGCGAUCAUUAUUUGAAUACAAGAAAUAUAAAAUGCAAAUCGAGUCCAGCGGUGAUCCCACUGCUGCCUAUAUACUCACCGAUGGAUAUCUAUUGCAAUCCAAUUGUAUUGUCUAUUUGAUAUCAUUGGCGAUGUGGAUGCCAUUCGUAGUGGCAAUGAUAAUAGAUCCGAUCAAUCGGGUGCCACAGGAUUAUUUGGACACAAUGUGGUGGAUAGCACUGUCCAAUUCGUGUACAUUUUCCUAUUUAUACGCCGCCACCAAUCGUGACUUUCGGGAGGCGUUCAACAAACUGUUUUACUACUGUUGCUGCAAAUCUCACGUGACGUUUGCCCGCAAAGGAGCGGCAAUGAGACGGGGUUUGGCCGCCGACUCGAUCGGACUGCGCGUACAUAUUAUUCCCGGACUCAAUAUAUACGCUCAACGAAAGGACGCCACGUGUACGACCAGCUAUCGGACCGGUUGCACAGGUAUUGGCAGCACUGGCCCCAGUGCCGGCUCGUCCUAUCACAGCGGAGGGUUCGGCGGCUUCGUUGGCGGCGGACCUUUCGCUAAGGCUUUUACAGCAAAAUCUUGUGAAUUAUAA